CUGUCUUUUCGUUUCAAAUCUCCAUGGCACUCCAUCCACUUACCCAGUCCUAUACUGGAAGCUAAAGGUUGGCUGGAGGCCACACAGCCGUGUAAACACACAACAGGGGACCGACGAGAGGAGAAAGUCAGGUGUUGUUGGUGCCGUCGGGAGCUGUCGAAACAUCAGCGUCAGAAUGUGUUCGGGUGGCUUUGCCAGAUGUCUGGGGUUCACUCUGAUACCCUUGUGCAUUGUGUCUGUGCUGUGCAACAUCCUGCUCUUCUUUCCCGGAGGAAAGUCGGUGGACAGACAAAACAUCACAGACCAGGUCUGGUACUUUGGAGGCAUUCUGGGAUCUGGAGUGCUGAUGAUCUUCCCAGCUCUGGUCUUCCUGGGUCUGAAGAACAAUGACUGCUGCGGUUGCUGUGGCAACGAAAGCUGUGGUCGGAGAUUCGCGAUGUUGAGUUCGAUGCUGUUUGCAGGUAUUGGUGUAGUGGGGGCCGGUUACUCAGUUAUAGUCUCAGCGGUGGCCAUCAACCGUGGACCUAAGUGUAUGUUUUCAAACGGCACCGCACUCGACUGGGGCUAUCCCUUCUCCAAUGGAGACUACCUAGGCAACGCAACUUUGAGGGAUAGUGUGUGUAAAGAGCCAGGGGGUGUGGUGCCCUGGCAUCUGUCUCUCUUCUCUGUGCUGCUGGUCAUGGGUCUGAUCCAGGUGGCGCUGUGUGCUUUCCAAGUGAUAAACGGCCUGCUGGGAGCUCUGUGCGGGGACUGCUGUGGAGGGGGUGAUGAGCACUGAGCACUUCGUGUGGCUGAAGGUUGCUGACUUUCCUGUAUUUAUUCUGGUUCCACAUGAUCCGACUCUUGCUUAAGAAUAAGUAAUAUAGCAGUGAUAUUUUGUCAAAUAGCUCAUUGAUCCCAAUGUGGGAUUUAUCAGAAAACACUGGAAAUGACACGAGCUCUUUAAGAGUUUCCUAUUUCUUUCUUAAUGAACACAGAUGAGUCUGUCUUCUUAAUAUGAAAUCUGAUUCUGCUAUGCUGCAAAUAAUUUCCAACACUAGCCACUGUAGUCCCUGAUUUCCUCCUGCUAUAUGGGUUAGUUUUGUAGAAUUAAACUUCCUUUAAUUUAAUAAGAAAAUAUAUUUAAUGUAUAAAUAGCAAAUGGGACCAUGGGACAUACUAUGGAUUUUAUUUUAUUUUUUUCUUGUGUAGUCAAACAAAUGUAACUCCUAAAAGUGCCUUCUUUUAUAGAUAAGGAGUUUUAUCUGUUGCUUGACUGCCUCCUGCUGGGGAAGAUGUAAAUUUACCUACACCAUUAAAAAAAAGAACAAAAAAAACGUCUUGCAGAGAGUGGUGUUAUUAAAAGACUGUUCAUUUCUUAAA